UCGUCAAAAGCUAUCGUACUUCGUCGUUCUUAUUAAAUAUGAUUUGAAAAUAAAACUGGCAUGGUAAUAGCAUCACGUAGUUUCCUCAACGAAACAACUUCUAAAUCAAAGGGUGUUGUAUAAAAAUGAUUCUAUAGAAUGUAUUCAUAAAUACAUAUGUACUUGCAAAUUUCCAACAUCGUCUUGUAGCUAUUUUAUUAAGCCUCAUAAUUUGUACUUUGUUAUAUUUGCAUUUUUAUACUGAUAUUAUACAUUCUUUUAUUUACGUAUUUCCCCGUUUAUGGUAUGGCAUAUUAUAUUUUACCUCGAAAAAUACAUAGCGUUUUAGUACAGAUACAUUUAAAAUAAUGAAAUAAAAACUAAUUUCAGUAAAAUUGUCGGAGAUUGACAAUUUCUAUUGGUUUAUAGGCUCGGCAAAUAUGCUGAUUAUACGAAAGAGAAGAGGGUUAAAUUUUAUUUAUAUUUUGAUACAUACCAAAGGGUAACAUACAAAGCAAAGGGUAGCAGAAGUUACAAAAUAAACUUCUACAAAAGAUACUUAAAGCGCUAAGUGAGCAAACCAACGCGGAUCCGUUAAUGAUCCAAAUAAAAAUAAAAGAUCGAAACAAAGAGCGCGUGUUGAAAAACAGCACGCUCAGCCCGGAAAUAAAAGGAACGAAAUGUCUGCGGAAUGCGUAACGCGGUGAAAACAAAGAGUCUCAAUUUUCACGGGCUCUUUAUUAAAACAGCUAAGUACGUUUCGGUAUAAUGAAAUUAAAUGUAAACGUCGUUCGUGAUUUAUUUCAGUCGGUUGCAGCUGUAAUAUAUAAUGUCGAAUAUUCACGUUCGAAGCGCGUAAACGCGUUCAAGUUGAAAAUUCGUUUUAUGCGUCGAAUUAUCAAUUUAGAUUUUAACAAACAUUUUUGGAAUAACAACUAAUCGUAAAUACGCGUCUAUCUUCGUUAUUGGUUCGUCGAACUAGACAAAGUCAUGAAUUAUGCCGGAAUACUUAUACCAGAAAUGACACAAGUACGUCGAUACUCGGCGCUGCGGCGCCGAAUAUAUUAAAACGUCUGGUAUGUACUUGCGUCGAUACAGCUGGCCAUCGAGUUUGCAUGCUUGCGUCGAAUCUCUCUGUUUGGAAUACUAUUAAAGCUUGUAGAAUCGGAUUGUUAUUUAGUUGAAGAAAAAGAUUGCCUUUUUAUUAAUGGUACUAUAAAAACAAAAUAUAAUAUACUAAAAUCGAAGAGCAAAUUAUACGAAGAAAGAAUACAAUUAAAUAACAGUUCAAUAAAGAGUAAGAAUUGUGUAUGAAGUCGUGCAUCAAUCGUGAAUGGGUUAAAACGUGAAUCAGGAACCAUCAAGAUUUCUCCAGGAAAUAAGCCAAUGGUAAUAAGUAGAAAAAUUAUAAACGAUUAUAUUUUGCUAUUUAAUAAUUUGACAAUAAGUACUCAUGGUUGAUGUAAUAUUCGAGGUAGUAGAAGUUUGCAUACGCAUCACGCUUUUCUCCAAACAGAUCCCCUCUACGAAUCGAAAUACUCCAAAUACUUUAAUAUCGUGAAAUUCCACGAUUUCAAGUCUCUUAUGUUUCCUAAUUCUGCCGUAUCCUAAAUUCCAACAAGCUCCUUCAAUCUGGUCUAGACCUCUUAUCUUCACAAAUUUUUUCACGUUCUUCUGUGUAUCCCACUGAGCUCCUAGAAUUCCCUAAUACCUCUGCACGUUUGAAAUCUCUCAAACGCUAGACGACGCUUUUACCGGAGUCUGCUUAAAGCUCAAAAUUAAUUAGGUUAAUUUCCUUUAUCCUUUCCAUCCUAAUCCAUCACAUCCUCGUCGAGUUCCACGUUGACAAUAAGGAAACGAAAAGAAGAGGAAUCCUCGCGGCGCAGACUUCCAGCAAUACCACGGAGUUACAUUCCAUUCCAGAUUUUCAAAUUACUGGAUUAUCUGGAUGGAAAGUAGCUGGCGUGGCAGGUAUCCAGGCCGCUUAGCGUUCGCUUGCGGUUUCAAGCUCGACUAUAUCGACGCCUCCUCCGACGUGUUCGCUCUUUUUAAAUAAAGAAGAAGAAUCACGUUCCAAGUCCGAUCGAAUGGCUGAGAUUCCAUCAUGAAAACCUGGGGUUCCUUACAACACGAAAGAUAUUUUAUUCACUGUGAAAAGACACCGUCAUUUUAUUUCGCCAAAUAUCGUGGAAAGGCGCCGAUAUGGGGCUCCUGCGCGUUCGAAGUGGAAUUUAAUAUUUACGCGUUACAGUGUUUGACAAAUUAUUGUACGCAAUAAUUAUGUCGUAUACGUAUGUAAUUAAGUAAUCAAAUCAUUUAGCGUUCUCGAAUAUACUGUGUGAGAUCAGGCAAUGUAAUUUUAUAGAAGAUGUAUAAGCUGUAUUUCAAGCAUCUUUGUCUAGGGGGUGGUUUUAGGAAUAAAGAUAAUUUGUACAAAUGUUAUAUAAAUUUCAUUUUCGUUCCAUAUUAUAGUUAUUUGAUUUAUCACCGGGCAACUAAGUAUCUUUUAUUAUUCCAUUAUUCUAUUUGUUAUUAAUUUACAUCUUCUCCGAUCGAUUUCCUCUGUUUUCACUUAAGAGUGUCUUACAGCUAAUAUUACACUAAUAUUCGUAACGCAAUUUUUAUAUAAGUUCCUAGUAUUCGUUUCGUUUACAUAAUUUUCAGCGAUCCGGCAGGCUGGUUGGCAAAAACGUUGAAGAAACGAUCAAUCGCGCUCCUUCUAUGUACUUCGCGUAACAAUCGACUAACUGAAACGUCUCGGUAACAGGCAUGAGAUAACGCGGCUGAUCGAGAAACGAUUUCGCGUAAGAACGCCGCCUUUAGCCAAGGGGCAAAAACCAAAACGCUUUCGCGGGGCCAACGUUCUCAAGUACCGUUAUGUCAUUCGAUUGUGCCGCGAUCGAUACGAUCUCGACGCCAACGUUUCGUUCCAGUGAUCAUGGAAAGCGUGAAAUCGGUCGUGCGGCACGUGGCGCGAUUUGUCCGAGUUAUCGAUCGUUAUCCUUCGACUCGUGAAUUCAUCGAUCAAAGAUAAAUGCGUUGACGAAGAUAUAAAUUCGUCGUUGGAAGAAUAGCGAUUCGAUUUGUCGGAAUAGGUGGUUUUCAAAUAGAAUUUGGAAAUUUUUAUGUACCUUCGGCAUACUAAGAUCUCUUAAUCUACAAACUUCUCUUCCAUUUAUCCAUGAAUAUGAUCAAAUUUUUUAUGAUAAAAGGCAACUCUUCAUGCAAGUGGAUAUACAAUACAUUUUUUAAAAGAUAAAUGGACAGUUUAGUUUGCAACACGUUAUAGCCCGAAUCCUUAAACGUCAACAAGAUCUUCCGAUUAGUCCAGACAAGUAUUUCAGAGUUUUAGGGAUGAAGAACAAUGAUCCAAAAUAUUUUCCAAACUAAGCCAUACAGCAAAAUUGCAACACGUAGGUAUUUCGGGACGUAUCAACAUUCGUGUAGCUCAUAGAACCACUUUAAACCAAUAUAACUAAACUAAUCAAGUACCUUUAAAUCAAUUUACUCAACGUGUAUAUUAAAUUGAAAUACUCGUCUCAAUCACUAAAACUGGCCAUUUCAUCAUCCACUUUGACUUUCAUUCGAAAAAGCUUCAGAUUAAUUCCAUUAACUUAAAAACCGCUCACUUGCUAUCUAUCGUUACGUUUUGCCAAUCGAAACGCGUCGAUUUUCGAAGCGACGAUACCACCAAGAUCCAUCGACUGGUGAAAUCUUCGAAAUCGUUACGAAAUCCCUUCGAUCUCCGGCAUCUGCCUUCUGCCUUCCGAUAUCCCUUCUGCUUGGAAGAAAAUUCGCGACUGAGCCGAGUGGGAGGAGCUGGAUAAAGCAGCCUCUGCCGAAGUUUACCAACAAACGAUCGACAUCGAUAUCGGUGAAUCGAAAGCAUGGGAAGCAUGUGGCGUGGAUCGGUCGUUGUGUUGCUCCUUCUCGUCUGUCGCGAUUCGCUCGAAGCUGGAGAUCGCGACGACGACGCAAGUGUGGACAAGUUGUUGCGUCGAGACGUCCGUGAACCGGCAUGGUCGGCCUCCGCCACGGAAGUCGAGGAUUUGCUCGGAGAGGGAAACUCGCCGGAAAAAGAGAAAACUGGCAAGAAGGGCGCGAAGAAUGCGUCUGGCAAAUCAGACGAGGGAGGAUACUACAAAACGUACGGCAGCGAUGCUGAGGGCGAGAAGGGUUACUUGACGGCAACCUACAGCAAGGGCAAUCACGGCUAUAAGAGCCUCGACACCUUCCACAAGCAGGAUGGCGACAAGUACGCAUUCGAGAAGCACGUUGCCUACGGCAAAGCGCGUGCUGACAAGAAAAGUAGCCACAACGACGAGGCAGCCUCUCGUUCCAGGAAAGCCGGUGAUCACGAGGGUGCAGAUACCAUCGUCGAUACCCAUUAUGCAACCAACGAGGGCGAUCAUCACGACGGUGGCGAAGAACACGAUGCUGAAGCCAACGAUCACGGCAGCUAUACUCACGAAGAUGGCGCUCACUAUAUGGCUCAUGGACCAGAAUCUUCGAGUUAUGGACAUAGUGAAAGCUACACGGACGGAGAAGGUGAACAUAGUUCUUACGGAAGCUACAGCUCCUACUCGAGAGGCUCUGGCGGCGAACACGGUGGUGACGGAGACCAUUACUAUUAAUCCUUUGCCAAAUGGCUGAUGUUUAGUUGUACGAUUUUCUAUGGAAUGUAUUAUUACGGCAAAAGUGCCUAAUUUCCAGAGAGACCAGAACGGUAUAAGUGG